AUGAGCGAGAGGCCCAGUUUCUCAACUUUGCGGAGCAGCGUGUCUCUAGCGCGCGAAUCACAAGUAGAACAGCUGGCUAAGAAGUUACAGAAGGCUGUCGGACAUACUGUGGAAGAUGUCCCCAAAACUGACAGACACUCUCGCCGCUUCUUGCCAAAGACGGAUCUGGAUCAAAUACUCACCUACAAGUCGUUGGACCUUUUGUUCAGGGAGCUCGUUUGUAUACGAUCUUCCUCCGGAGUCGAUGAUAUUUCACAAGCUAUCACCAGCGAUGCCGCUGACGAACGGGACGGCACCUCCCCUACGUGUGUCGACGAGACCAUCGAGAAAUACAUUUCAGCGACAACAGGUACGCCGUCUCGAACGUCCCUACUUGCGCUAUUCUUGUACCAAGACCGACUCGAGUUGCUUUUGUUAUUCUUGGCUUGGUUAACUUCUGAGAUUGGUCGACCUGAAGCCGAUCUCAAUCGUUUCAUCCCAUCGGAUGUUUCAAUGCCAUUCACAGAGAUCGAGCUAUUUGAACAUCGAGUUCCAGACAGAUACCACGCAUCAAUACUUGAAGAGCAAGCGGUUUUCAAACCAAGAACGAUUCGAAAGCUGCAGCAUCAUAACAUCAGCAGUAGCGAACGCUUGCCCUUUGUGGGCAAGCAGGAAUCAAUCAAGAGCGGCUCUCAAGGACAAGUCGUCAGGGCCGUGAUAUCCCAAAGGCACUGGGAGAUCCAGGAAGACGAAGCCCAGAAGGAGACAAAUUUCGUGCCUGGUAAUCCAAAUAGCACAAAGAUUGUGGCCCUCAAGAUUUUCAAGGCGGUGGAACGUGUGCGCGCUAUGGAUGAGGCUACCGAGGACUUCGACAUUGAGCUGAAGAUCUUGAAGGAACUGAGAAAGCACAAGACCAAGCAUGAGAUGAUCAUGCUGCAUUUGGGUAGUAUAACGGAACUUGAUGAGGUGGGAAGCCCGAUCAGACACGCUCUCAUCUUUGAACUGGCAAAUUACAGUCUAGACGACCUUCUCAAGGACAGAAAUCGCGCCCAGAAGGAGUUACUACCGUCUCGUCUGCUUGGCAGCCUUGUUGACAUCAUCGAAGCAUUAGAAUGCUUGCAUAACAAGCUCGAUACUUUUCAUCUCGACAUAAAACCUGACAACAUCUUGAUUUUCGAGACUCACUCCGGCUCUGGAAGUCGAAAUCAGUAUGAACUUACCUGGAAGCUCAGCGACUUUGGUCUGGCUGGUAAGAAAGCUGCAAAGAAACGAAGGACUGGAUCUGCACAAACUUCGACGGCUACUUCGCGAGGAUCCACCCUACCCGCUACAAGACCAACCGGUCUAUACCAAGCCCCAGAGAUCCAGGAGCCCGAAACUAGUCUCGCAGGUCAGGGCAGUGAUGUCUGGUCUAUGGGCUGUGUAACACUUAUGGUACUUGCGUUCAUUGCUGAUGGUUCAAUGGCAGUGAGGGAGCUCGAGACGUUAUUGAUGGUCAAUUUCUCGGGAGGCGCUGGGAGAGAGCCUCUGUUCUACAUAGGGAGCGACUCAUACCUCUGGGAGAACCGCACCGCACACAUCUGCUGCUAUCUGCCAGACAAGAACCCAGACGUGGGUAUAAUCCCUCACACAGGAGAAAAGCUUAGAGCUGCUCUACAUCCUCUUCUUAUCUAUUGGUCCAACACACUACUGAGGGCAACCUACUAUCGGCGAAUCGAGCAGAGAUUUGUACUAGACUUGCUCCGGUUGAUCUUUGGACGGGUUCUUCGCAUCGAUCGCAAUAAAAGGAUAGGAGCAACUGAGUUGCGUAGUGGACUUGACGAUAUUCAGCAAGACUGGAAAGCGUACGACCUCGCGCCUGGAGACUACGAUAAUCGCGACAUUGCAGAAGUAUUGAAUCUUCCCCAAAGCCGCUCAUCAUCGCCAUCCCAUAGUACUGCGAUGACCCAGAGGCGACCUAGAGACGACGAGCCAACUACACCUCCCGCAUUCUAUACGACUCAUACGCGAGAAGAUACUCUACGAAAGAGAGAAGUAUCGCAUCUCCAAGAACCUCCCCAAAGCCGCCCCUCGCAAGAACACGAAACUAGCCAUCAGGUUCAACCUGACGAGUCGUUGACACAACGGGUGCCAGACGCUCGCCCCGGUAUCUCCGGAACGAUCAUUCUUCCGACGUAUAUCACCAAUGUAAGCAACACUCGCCAGGAUGAUCUGCACAACACUCUGCGAGAAGAAUCGAUUCAAGUGCAAGAUCCAACGGCGCCAACACAAGACCCAGCAGUAGCCAUACCGGAUGAACAGGUCCAGGCUCAGACUGGAACGACGGCACCUACGGAACGGGGGGCAGUGCAAGAUGAGCAGGAGCCCAUACAGGAGCAGACAACCCAGCCGCAAGAAGAGCUUUGCUCUGCAAUCGAGAGAGAUGAUGCUGACCGCGUUCGACUCUUGCUCAGACAAAACCCGGAGUUGUUGGGCCAGCUGUGUCUUCGCGUGGAAAGGUACCCAAUACAAUGGGCCCUGUUCAAAAACGCACAUAACGCUCUCGAUGAGCUUUUCGCCAACGCGUCUCCUGAUAUCAUAAAGAAGGAAUACAGCGGACGAACUGCACUGGAAAUCGCAUUGAGUUCGGGAAAGCCUGCAGCCCUUGACCGUAUCUGGAAGUAUCGCAGCAAGUUCGACUUUCCACGUGAGCUUUACGAAAGGCACAAGAAGGAUCUAGGGUGGGAAGCGAAAGGAAUUGCGGAUGACUUGUUUGGUAUCAAGAAACCGAGGGAAAGUAGGCUGAUGGUAAAAUGGUUUCAAAGGGGAAAGACAUCUAAUUCGCCUGCAUGA